AUGCAUUCUGGGAUAUCGGCCGGCCAGAAAGAACUCAGGACUUACCAGGAAGGUCAAUACAUUUCCAUCACCACAGACGGUGUCUUUUCCUACUGGUCUGACACAUUUGAGAAUCGAUUGAGAUUUCUUGAACAAAAACAAAAGUCAAUUAAAUUAUCGCAUAAGAAAAUGAAAGUAAAUGGCAUGGCGUACAUCAAAGAACUCAAACAGGUGGCUGUCGCCUCUUCUGAAGGUAAAGUGUUAUUCUAUUCUUUCCAUGAAUUGCCAACGCUGUUUGAAAUCAAGCACGCUUUAAUCGUGGAGGACUUCAACGCAGUUUGUGCCAUAAACUACAGCUCCAAUGGCACUAAAGGAGUGUUGUCCUUUGGAAAUGAACAAGGUCAUUUGUAUGUGCUUGUCUCCGAAAAUAUCAAUACAAAUGGCCUCUUUAGCCCAGACUCGUUCGAGAAAAUCUCAAAAGAGGAUUAUCCAACUCUUUAUGUUUCAACCCUGUUGAAGAAAAACUCAAAACAAUUCCAAUGUUCAAAAACCCACAUCUUCAAGGACAUCUUCACUGAAAUCAAAUACUUUCCAGCAAUUGAGUCAUUGGGUAUCUGCGGUCGUACAUCCAAGAUAAUGGUCAUUGCUGCCAUGCCCGAGUCACACAGAGGUAGAUUCACGAAAACUGUCUUUGAGAGCCCUGCAAAUAAGGAGUUUUUCACCUGUGUUGAAUACUCUCCUUUAAACCAGAGUUUGUUGACUGGUGGUACAGAUGGCUUGUUGCGGGAGUGGUAUGUUUUUAAGCCUAAGGUGUGCAAAAAAUCAUUGAAAGGACAAGGCAAACCCAUCACUCACAUUGAGUAUAAUCCAAAAGAUGAAUAUUUUGUCACUUUAUCUAAGGACAAGACUAUUUGUUUGUGGUCUGAGAGAAGUUUGCUGCUUUUGGAAAGCUUCCAGGUUGAAGACAUGAACAUUACCCCUAUUGCCACUUUGUGUUAUAACAAUUACAACAAUGAGUUGGUCCUAGCCAACACUGACAUAGGAACAUGUCUAGGAAGAGGGACAGAUGCUUUUCAUAAUGCAUUACUAUCUCAUGAUAAGCCCUUGUGCAGUGCUCUCUAUCACAGUAUUUACAAUCAGAUGGUCUCUGUUUGCCGAGAUGGUAUGGUGAAGGUAUGGGACAUCUUAACAGGAAAGCUUGAAUUAAAGUUCAAACUAACUCCAGAUAAGCAUGUGGGGCACAGUUUCAUUGCAUUUGAUGGACCCAAGCGCAGACUAAUCACAAGUUCUCAGGAUGGGAAAUUGAGAUUGUGGAAUUUUAGCAGCGCAACAUUGCUUGAAGUUCUUCCAGUUACCUUACCAGAGGAGGUGACAGGUAUUGUCACCUAUGACAACAGGUUGUUUGUGUCGAUAAGGAACUCCAAGAUCAUUUAUGACCUGGAUAUGGACGGUGAGAGCAACAACUUUUUGAGUCACCCAUAUUUAGAGGACAUUUCCUCAAUGGAUGUACAUGAAAACACUUUGAUUACUGCCUCCAGCAAUGGAUAUAUCGCUAUCUGGAAUGUUGAUGAGAAAGAGGUUAUAUGCUUGAUUAAUGAAAGUAAGAGUCCACGUAUACACAUGCCAGGCCGGAAAGAAAAAGGUGUGACAGGGUGUCUGGUUAAUGGGGGAAAAGAAAGAAGAUCUCGGAAAAAACCCAGCACUAAGAUGAAAGCCAAACCACUUAUUCUAUGUCUGAAGGAAAGGGAGUUCAACGUGUACACAGCCACACUGUUGACUUCUGCAGAUGGCUACAUAUGUGCCUGGUCUGUUAACGUCAACGGAGGUUUGUUAGGAAAGUUCAGGGCAGUGGAUAAGGAAGGUGCUUUCAUUACCACAAUGACGACGGACAUCAAUGAAAAGAUAUUGCUCACUGGGGAUAGCACUGGCAAGAUUUGUCAGUGGGACAUUCACACAUUUUGCUCAACAAAGGCAACAACCAAAGGGCCAUUUCAGGUGUUACACGGGUGGCACACAUCAUUGGCUCAACCUCCUCUGUUGGGCUCGUGGAAAUGUCAUGAUACAGAGGUGGUGAGUGUUAAUUUUGACAUCAGUGGUAAAGAGAUAAUCACUGCUGGAGACAGCCAUCUCCAACUAUGGAAAAACAAAGGCUCCCACAUAGGCCUCUUUGGGAAAGACUUUUGGGAGGAAGCCGACCAGGUGGAGGCCGACCAGGUGGAGGCCGACCAGGUGGCGCUGACCUGA